CAUGUGUCACUGUCAUGUGUAAGCUCACAAAGCUCAGGACACAAUCAUGAAGUACUUCAUCCUGUUGGCUCUCUUUGCUGCAGCUUAUGCUGCUCCCAUUGAGGAUGACAAGAUCGUCGGAGGCUACGAGUGCAGGAAGAACUCUGUGGCCUACAUUGCGUCUCUGAACGUCGGCUACCACUUCUGUGGAGGCUCCCUGAUCUCCAGCACCUGGGUGGUGUCUGCUGCUCACUGCUACCAGUCUCGCAUCAACGUGAGACUCGGAGAGCACAACAUUGCUGUGAGCGAGGGAACCGAAAAAGGCUUUGGAAAGGUUUCCUCAGUGUCCUUGAGCAUUCUGAUAGCAGAGYGGUCCGGUGGGUUUAAAUAG